GCAGCAGGAAGCAAAAAGUGCGCAAAUUAAAUUAAUAGUUUACGCUUAAACAGUUUUCGUGCAUUGCGAUAGCAUAAUUGAAAUCGAGAGCCAGCCAAAAAGCAAUCUCUGGCCAUGAUGACCAGUGUACUCAGCGACAUAAGCACCAUCGCCAUGGACAUGGAGCUGGGUUCAGGUUCCGGCUCCGGGUCGGAGUCGCCUCUGUCGCCAUUGAAUGCAACCCGCGCCCUGUGGGAGCUGGCCAUGACAACGACGGCCGAGACGCCGCUCUUUGAUGAGAACGGCAGCUUGGUGCCCGUCACCGAGAUACCCUAUGUACCCUACGGUCGGCGACUGGAAACCUACAUAGUGCCCAUAUUGUUCGCCAUUAUCUUCGUGGUGGGCGUGCUCGGCAAUGGCACCCUGAUUGUGGUCUUCUUGAGCGUGCGACAGAUGCGAAAUGUGCCAAACACCUACAUCCUUUCCUUGGCGCUGGCCGAUUUGCUGGUCAUAUUGACUACCGUGCCGCUGGUCUCGACGGUUUAUGCCGUCGAGUAUUGGCCCUGGGGCAGUUUUCUGUGCAGCGUUUCGGAGUUCAUGAAGGAUGUCUCCAUUGGCGUAUCGGUCUUCACACUGACGGCUCUCUCCAGUGAUCGCUACUUUGCCAUUGUCGACCCGUUGCGCAAGUUCCAUGCACAUGGCGGUGGACGUCGCGCCACUCGCAUGACUCUGGCCAUUGCCGUGUCCAUCUGGCUGCUGGCCAUAAUCUGCGGCUUGCCGGCGCUGAUUGGCAGCAAUUUAAAGCCAGUUGGCAUCAAUCAGGAGAAAUCGAUUGUCAUCUGUUAUCCGUACCCCGAAGCGUGGGGCGACAACUAUGCCAAGCUGAUGGUAAUGCUGCACUUUUUGGUCUACUAUGCCAUACCCCUGGUCAUCAUAGCCGCCUUCUAUGUCAUGAUUGCGCUACACCUGAUGUACUCGGCGAGUGUGCCGGGCGAGAUGCAGGGCGCUGUCCGACAGGUUCGAGCCCGUCGCAAAGUCGCCGUCACGGUGUUGGCAUUCGUUGUCAUCUUUGGUAUUUGCUUUCUGCCCUAUCACGUCUUCUUUCUAUGGUUCUACUACUGGCCCACAGCACAGCAGGAUUACAACAUGUUCUGGCAUGUCCUUCGCAUCGUCGGCUUUUGCAUGUCCUUUGCCAACAGCUGUGCCAAUCCGGUCGCUCUCUACUUUGUGAGCGGGGCGUUUCGCAAGCAUUUCAAUAGAUACCUUUUCUGUCGAGGCAUCAGCGGACGUCGCAAGAAGCGCAACCAGCACAACGACACCUUCUGCAUGCACCGGAACACCUCGCUGACCAGCACAGCCUCGAAGCGUUUCCAGUCCCGGCACUCCUGCUACCAGAGCACAGUGCGCAGCUGCCGGCUGCAGGAGACAACGAUUACCACGCUGCCCAACGGCGGCCUAAACGGAGUGCCCAGCACAGCCGUUACCCAUAAUGAAGCUCCCGGCUAUGAAUUUACACCACUCAGCGAUUUCGGUCCGCUCAAGGCGUCACAGCUGGCACAGCGGCUGCAGGAGUCUCCAUUAAACUGAGCAGCUAGAGUCGCUGACGUUCCAAACGGAGAUUACAGGAAGUAUCUAGUAGCAGAAAUGUCAACUAAGUUUUACAUAAUUGAAUAUGUUCCGAAAUGCGCUUCUAUUUCACAAAUUCACAUUCUGUAAAAACUCGUUGAGAAUUUUAAGCAGCACAUCAAGCAAAACCAAAGGCAUUUACUCUGCGCUAUUCUCCACAUUAGCAGAAACUCUGCCUAGGCUAUUCGGUAAUCUAAAUUUCAAGAUGUUAGGAUUUGUUUAAAAAAAAAACACUUGACCAAGUUUUUUCUUUGAAGUUCAUUCUUUAAUGCAACGAAAUGCAAACAAAUUGUAGUUGGUACUCAACAUUUCACUUGACCUUUUCAAUUUAAGAGCUCCCCGAGGAGUGGGCUUGAGGAACUUGCCCAAAUUGCUUGGUGAAUUGAGUGCAGAAAAUGAUUUACGGAACAUCUUGGCGUUAAUAUAAAGUUUAUGACUUUUAGUUCCUAGGCUUGUACAUAUACAAAAGAAUUUAAUGUGUUUUUCAUGUCUAGUCGUAAUCGUAAGCGGCAACUGUGUCUGUUUCAUACUAAAGUAUUGCAGCCGUUGCACGGCUUUAAGCUAACAAAAAAUUUAAAUCAAGUAUUUACAAUAAGAUUUAUGGCUAAGACUUAACGUCGUGUUUCACAUGCACGACAAGAACGCACUUAGUAAAUUAAAUGCUAACUUCAAUUGUCCUCUUGUAUAUAUUUUAAGCAAUUAA